AGAAAUGGUCGAUAACCCGGAAGUUAUUGUAGAGGGCGGGACGUUUUUAAAUUUCGUGGACCAGUUUGACUGUUGACUAAGGGUUGUUACAAAGGCUCCAGCUUAUCCCAGCAUUUGUCCCUAUACAGGUGUCUUAUUUACAGGUGUGUUACAAACAGUGGAAAAAGGCAUGUUUUCAAAAAUCCCAAGAGGUUUCAAUUUACCAACAGAAGCUAGGAAAAAUGACCAUAAACUUGAAUCCAAAGAUACAGCAACUGUAUCCACAGCAGUGAAUGCUGUCCAUAAAUCAGAUGGUAACCUUAAAGGCCAAAAAGAAAAUAUGCCAAGGAAAAAUGUUGCUCCCAAAGUUAUAAAAGGGGUCUCCUCCAGGUACGGGCAUCAGGUAGAGCUGAAGGAACAAAAUCAGCACUUGAUGGCUGUAAACGAGGACCUGCAGAAAAACCUGUCAGAGACACAGCAAAAAGUUUCUGAGCUGGAGCUGCAUGUCAGUGAGCUUAAAAAGGAGAAUGCAGAGGUCCAGAAACACCUACAGGACUGUCAUGUUCUGUUAGUGUCUGCCAAAGUAGACCCAGUUUUAGGAGAAAGAGUUGGAGAUGCUGCAAAGCAGAAAGAAGACCAAAGGAAAGAAGUUAUGAGUAUCUCUACAGACCUGCUAAAGGAAUUAAAAGCUUUUGGUGACGCUGCAUCAGUGCAGCGUGCUCAGCUAGAGGAAAUCCAGGCAACUAUGGUAAACUUCACAGAAGCACGAGGACACAUGAAACAAGAAAGGGAGAAUUUUUCACAGCAGGCGGCUGAACUGGAAAAAGCUCUGACAGAAGCAGAAACACUCCUACUGUAAAAGUGUGCAACAAUUCUCAACAGAAAAAAGAAAUUUUGUAUAUAUUUAUGUGUAUAAUUAGAUAUAAUGCGUGAUGUGACCCAAACUUAAUAAAGAAUAA